CUGAGUCAGUCAGUGAUUCUCAGGUGGAUCAGAUGCUGUAACAAACCAUGUUUCACCUGCUGCUGCUGGCCGGUUUGGUUCUGGGAGGAUACAUCUUCCUCACACAGACUCUCUUCAAAAGAUCCAAAUGUAAAGGGAACGCAGCGAUGGCCGGGAAGACCGUCAUCAUCACAGGAGGGAACACCGGCAUCGGGAAAGCCACGGCUCUGCACCUGGCCAGGAAGGGUGCCAGAGUGAUCCUGGCCUGCCGAAGCCGGGACAAGGCCGAGGCCGCCAUCGUAGAUAUACAACAGAAAACAGGAAGUACUGACGUGCUCCACAUACAGUUGGACCUGGCCAGUCUGAAGUCCGUCCGCUGCUUCACCGAAACUUUCCUGAAAACUGAGUCCAGGCUGGACCUGCUCAUCAACAACGCUGGUCUGGUGGCUGACGGGCAAACAGAAGACGGUUUCGGCAUUCAGUUCGGGGUGAACCACCUGGGUCACUUCCUGUUGACCUGCCUGCUGCUGGAGCGUCUGAAGGAGGCGGGGGGAGGACGAGUGGUCACUUUGUCCUCCAUGGCUUACCGCUGGGGACACAUCGACUUAGACGCUCUGGUGGCGAACAAACACCUGGGCACCGGCAGGUACAGCUGGCAGUUCUUCAAGGCCUACUGCAACAGUAAACUGUGUAAUGUGCUCUUCACCCACGAGCUCGCCAAGAGGCUGAAAGGAACCAACGUCACCUGCUACAGCGUCCACCCAGGUGUUGUUCGGACCGAGCUGUCACGUCACGUCAGCCUGUGGCAGAAGGUUUUCAUCGAGCCCGUGGCCCAGCUGCUGUUCCUGGACCCGGAGGCCGGAGCUCAGACCACGCUGCACUGCGCCCUGCAGGAGGGAAUCGAACCUCUGAGCGGACGUUACUUCUCCUGCUGCGCCGUACAGGAAGUAUGCGCCCAGGCCCGAGACGACGCCGUGGGUCGGAAACUGUGGGAGGUCAGCGAGAUGUUCUGUGGACUCUCUUAAGGUGGAACAACUACGAAGGACUUGAAGAUUUUUCUCUAACUUAAAUGGAUUGCUAAGUCAAUGAGGAAUGAACUGUCUGCUGUUAAAAACUGUUUACUCUGGUGUUAAAGUGUGAUAAAUUGGCCUUUAUGUCUAUACUAAUGUAAUAAUGUUAAUAACAAUACUUUGUGAACAUCUA